CUGAUGAGACAUCUUCUCUCUGACACACAGUCCUGUGGUGGGUUUUUCUCAGCAGUUGCAUCUCUGUUGGCUAUAUUGUGACAGCUCUCAGGACGACGCGGAGACGUUCAUCUGACUUUCUUGAAGAAGCUGUGGUUAGUAGGACCGACGUGGUUCCACCUUUAGAUCAUUUAGAACAGUCGUGUUGUAGGAGUUUCCUCUUCUCGUCGCUUUAAGGGAGUAAUUCAGCUUUUCAGGAGGAAGUUAGUGUUUAUUUCUCAAAAGUGGCCGCUGGCAGAGAGUACGGCCCGUGAGUUAUGCUGAAGCCUGUCAGUACAUCAGGAUGAGCACCACAGAUGGAGCCGGGCCCCCCGAACACGAUGGAGAGGCCCGCGUUGUCCAGAUCUACCCCAGGCUUCCCCAGGACACAGCCACCUACUGUCCCCUGCAGGUCAGCGCUGGGGACACGGCAGGGGCGGUCGUCCGAAACGCCGUGGUCACUCUGGGCCUGGAUGCCAGCCGGACGUACAGCCUGCUGGAGGUCAGGAGACCUGGGAAGGAGGAGAGGCUGCUGGAGGCCGGAGACCACCCUUUGGAGAGAGUCCUGCUGUGGCCAAGAGGGGCCCAGAGGUGGCACCCUCAGAGCCAAGGGUACUACUUCAUCCUGCAGGACCAGCAGGCCAACAAUGGAGGCAACCAAGUAGAGAGCAGCAGAGAGGACUACGAUGACCUCUGUAACCUGCAAACUGUGACUGAGGAGAGUGUUCUGGCGGCUUUACGCCAGCGCUUCUACAAGCUCAAAAUCUACACCUACGCCAGCAACAUCCUCAUCGCCAUCAACCCCAAUAAGUUCCUCCCUCUUUACUACAAUCCCAAGUAUGUCAAGAUGUACGAGAACCAGCCGCUGGGCAAACUGAGCCCUCAUAUAUUUGCCAUAGCAGACGUGGCCUUCCGUGCAAUGCUGAACCGGCAGGUCAACCAGUGUAUUGUGUUGUCCGGUGAGAGCGGCUCGGGGAAGACUGAGAGCAGCAGUUAUCUCAUCCACUGCCUGACCGCCCUCAGCCAGAAGACGUACUCCAGCGGACUGGAGCGGACCAUCCUAGGGGCCGGCCCGGUGCUGGAGGCCUUUGGAAACGCUAAAACGGCAGAGAAUAACAACUCCAGUCGCUUUGGGAAGUUCAUCCAGCUCAACUAUCUGGAGAGUGGUGUCAUCAGAGGGGCAGUUAUUGAGAAGUGCCUCCUGGAAAAGUGCCGCGUAGUGUCCAGACAUCAAGGGGAGAGGAACUACCACGUGUUUUACUAUCUGCUGGCGGGCGCGUCUAAAGACGAGCAGGAAGAGUUUCAUCUGUUAAAGCCGCAAGAUUAUCUCUACCUCAAGCAGGAAGACUUCCAUUUAGACGAUACGGAGAAACUUCGGCAAGAGUACAAGAGGCUGCAUCAAGCUAUGGAGAUGGUUGGCUUCCUGGCCUCCACCAAGAAACACAUAUUUUCAAUCCUCUCUGCCAUCCUGCACCUGGGCAACGUGACGUACACGCUGUCAAAGGCCACCAACGUCCUGGAAGUCGGACCAGCUGAAGUUCUCUCCACACUGUCUGACCUGCUCAAAGUGAAAAAGGAGCUACUGGUGAAGACUUUGACCAAGAGGAGAGUCGUGACCGCCAACGACACCGUAGUUUCGCAGUACACACUACAAGAGGCCUACACAGUGCGGGACUCCAUGGCCAAGUCUUUAUACAGCGCUCUGUUUGACUGGAUCAUCCUUCACAUCAACCAUGCGAUGUUCAACCGACGAGACAUGGAGGAGUCGGUCCCCUGUUUGUCCAUCGGUGUCCUGGAUAUGUUUGGAUUUGAGAACCUCCAGACAAACAGCUUUGAGCAGCUGUGCAUCAACUACACCAAUGAGAAACUGCAGUAUUACAUAAACCAGCACAUCUUCAAGCUUGAGCAAGAAGAUUACGUGUCAGAGGGUAUCACCUGGCAAAACAUCGACUACACCGACAACAGCGGCUGUAUUCAGCUGAUCAGCGAGAAGUCAACUGGACUCUUUGACCUGCUGGAUCAGGAGAGCAACGACCCUCAGGCCACAGAUGAAACCCUGCUGGAAAAGUUGAAGCAGCAACAUCAGGACAACCCAUUAGUUGUUCCAUCCUCACAUGGAGAACCAACUUUUGUCAUUCAACACUUUGCUGGAAGGAUUAAAUAUCACAUCAAGGAUUUCCGGCAGAAAAACACAGAGCACAUGGGUCCUGAGGUCAUAGCACUCCUACGGAGCAGUGAGCGGGCGUUUGUUCAUCACUUGGUUGCAUCCAGUCCAGAAGCUCUGUUCAGAUGGGGAGUCCUCCGAGCCACCAUCCGCAUCCUCACAGUAUUCAGGAAACUGGGACGCCAGCGGGCAGAAUCAUUAUCUGCUAGACAAGACUCCCGCAUAACCCUCAAAGAGAUGAAACUGCGCAGCACUAUGGAUAGACUGUCCAGCAACAGCCUGUCUCUGGAUUUCUCCUUUGAUCGAUCUGAUGAAAAUCCUCUUGAUGUAUUUGAAGACAUCUUUGUCAAUUAUGAAAAGAGAAAGACAAAUCGAGGCAGUCGACAGAAGCAGCUUAUUCCAAAGAACCUCAUGGAUUUGCAGUCCCUCAGACAUAUCGUUGGUCUCGCCGCACACGACCGAACCAGCAAAUUCAUCUUCCACCCUCAUCGGAGGACGAAGCCCCCGACAGUAGGAGCUCAGUUUCAGGCCUCACUUGGAAAGCUGAUGGAGUCGAUUGAAAAAGCCGAGCCCCUCUUUGUUUUCUGUGUUCGCUCCAACGCUGAAAAGAAGGAGCUGCACUUUGAUGACGAACUUGUGCUAAAGCAAAUUAAGUACCUAGGCUUACUGCAGAUGGUUCACAUCCAGAAGUCCGGCUACAGUGCCAGAUACACAUUCAAGGGAUUUGUUGAGACGUUCAGAACGCUGCUUCCAAAAGGAGCUGCUGUAACGCCAGAGCACAUAACUCAACUCUUUGAGAAGAUGGAGCUUGAUAAGACCAAUUAUCAAAUAGGAAAAACCAAGGUGUUCCUCAAGGAGAAGGAGAGGCAACUGCUCCAAGACACUCUCAACAAAGAAGUGAUGCGUCACAUCAUCGUCCUGCAGCGCUGGUUCCGAACCUGUCUGUUAAGGUUGCACUUCCUGCAAAAGAGAGAUGCCACAUUGCUUAUACAGAGAAGCUGGCGUGAGUUUUACGAGAACCAAAACCAGGCUGCUACGGUGAUCCAGACAGCAUGGAGGACUUCGCUGAAGAAGUCAAAGCACCAACAUGAGAAGGGGGAUGAUAAGAACACGUCCAAGACCCAGCCUGGACGGAACAGAUCGACUAAAAUGGAAUUAACGAGGCAGCAAAAAGUGGAGCUGAGCCCAAACAGGAACCAGCAGAGGUCCAGCAGCAGAGAGAAGCGGGAGGGCAGAGGAUCCCCUCCCAGUUUCGACAGGCACGUCUCCCUCCCACUGGAACUCAAAGUUGUUGACGGCUCCACCAGCCCCUCUAAAAGCAGCAAUCUACAGCGCUACACAGACAUGACGGCCUUCAAGGAGAAGGCGGAGAGGUGGAAGGAAAGACAGAGCGAGGGUGAACUGACAGAUGAAUCAAGUCCAGAAGUACUGCGGCGAGGAGACAAACUGAGAGACGAGUUUCAGCAAAAAGGGAAGUCCAGGUCUGUUGAUGAACUAUCAAAGAUCAGCUCAUCAGGCUCUGAUAGCUCACCCUCUACCAACGAGAUACCAGCAGAAACUGAUGGGUCAAGGUUCAGUUUUCUAGACAGGAGCAGCAAUGAGGACUCGAGACAACAGGGAUCUAACCAAUCACCACUCACGACUCCUGAGAAGGUUUGGUUUCUUACUAAAUUCCUGAAAAAGAGGGCGCCUAAAUAUUCCCCGGUCAACGAAAGUAAAACAGUCACCUUGGCCAGGUACACUCCACAUCCUUACCAAAGGCCAAACGAGAACAGUGACAGGAUCAGCCGAAACCCGACCAUUAAAAUCAGCCGGGCCACACGGGCGUUGCAGUGCAACACGUCUCUGGAUCGCGAGAUCACCAACCCCAACGAGCUGAGAAACCUGGACGAAUUCCUCGGCAAUCAGGUGAAUGAGCUGCGAAGUAGAAUAAAAGAUCUGUCACCAACGGAGAGCAUCUUCCUCUCAGCCACCAUGCAGUUCAGAGAAACCAUCAAAGGCAUGUACUCUGUCAAGAAGCCCCAAAUCGGCUACAAAGAUUUGAUGAAGGGCUACCACAACCAAGUGAACACACUAGCAGGGUCCAAGAAGAAGACAGAGGUCUCGCUGGUGGUCAACUUGUUUCAGUCAGUGCUGGACGGCUUCAUCAGGGGCGAGAUAAAACGAGGGGAGUCGGAACCAGCCAAGGCCACCAAGACGACGAAGAAGAGGAGGAAAAAGGUCACAUGUCCUAAUAGUCCUCUGGAUCACCUGUUCAGCACAUACCAGGUGAACAUUAUGCAGUCGUGUGACUUGUGUGGCUCCUACAUCUGGGGAAUGGAGAAAGCCUACAUGUGCAGUGCUUGCAAGUUAAUAUGUCACAAGAAAUGCCUGUCCAAAAUCAUCACAGAUUGCUCGACACGGUGUGCCAGACAGGAUGACAGUGUACCUGGCUCCCUUCACUUUGGGGUGCAGGUGUGUGUCCUCACCAGUAAAGUCACCCCUGUGCCCAAAGUGGUGGAGUUGUUGCUGAUGCACGUGGAGCUGAACGGCCUCUAUACGGAGGGUAUUUACCGCAAGUCGGGCUCCACCUGCCGAGCGAGGGAGCUCCACCAGAUUCUGGAGACUGAUCCUGAAGGACCAUGUUUAGACAACUACCCCAUCCACACCAUCACAGGUCUGCUUAAACGUUGGCUCAGAGAGCUGCCGGACCCCCUCAUGACCUAUGCCCUCUACAGCGACUUUCUGCAUGCCGUGGAGCUGCCGGAGAAAGCUGAGAGGAUAAGGGCUGUAUACCAAAAGGUUGAUGAACUUCCUCCUGCUCAUUACAACACGUUAGAGCGAGUCAUCUUUCACCUUGUCAGGGUUGCCAAGGAGGAAGAGCACAAUAAGAUGUCACCAAGCUCUCUUGCUAUUGUGUUUGCCCCCUGCAUCCUGCGUUCACCUGAUGUUGAUGACCCCUUCCUGGGUAUGAAGGAUGUGUCCAAGACUACACAGUGUGUUGAGAUCCUGAUUUCUGAGCAGUUCAGACGCUACAAUGAGAAGAUGCAGAAUAUCCAGCAGCUGGAAUACGCAGAGGCCCUGGCUGUCAAUCAGCUCAAACUGAGGAGACAAAACACGCUCGUUGAAAAGCCUUCAGAGCUGGAUAUUCCAGAUGCGGAGAGGACCCUCAUCGACAGGAUCAAAUCCAUUAAGCAAGAAAAGGUGGACUUGGCCUGCAGGUUACCUGAACUAGAGCAAGAGCAAUCUGACAAUGACAACCUGGACUCAUCGUCGUCGAUGAGCUCCGACAGUCUAGAGGAAAGACUGGGCAGCCUGGACUCGGAAGUACCAGAAAAGGUGACCAUGCGGCGGAAAACCCAGAAACCUGACUGCCCACCUAAACCUGCUGACUUGGCGCACAGAGUCAGAAGUCUGAUGGCUCAGAAAGAUUAUGCACAGGAUGAGUUCACACCAGGACAAAAGACAGAUGUUACCCGAUCCAUGUGCUUCCUGUCCAGCCGAGACAACCCCUCCCCCGACGACAAGCCCCAGAUCACCAACAAGACCUCCAGUAGGAUCUUUGAUGACCUGGACAUCCCUUACAUCGAUGAGGAUGAAGAUUUAACCUGCACGUAACACCACAAGUUGUAAUAAUUGGAAUAUUCUCAAGUAUGUGUUAAAACAAGAUUUGUGAAUGUUAAAAAAAUAACUGUGCACUUUGUUUUAUAGACUUUUCCAUUUUUGAAUGCUGCUAUAGAAACAAAGUGCUUUGAGAUGAUAGAUCGUACGGACUGUCCCUUUAUGGUUUUUCUAACUGAUCAUGAGAAGAACCAAUAGCAACGACUACUAAGCCUCUUAAUAUUCUGUACACUCUAUGUGAUUUUAAACAUACUUCAGAAAGGUACAGUUCAGUUUUUUUAUAAAAGGUAGGUACUUAUGUGAAGCUGUGGGACCAACUGUGUUUCAUCUAUAGAGAAAAACAUGGUGAGCAAUUCAGGAUACAAGUCCCUCCUUUACUAGUGAACAUUAAUCUGAGCUCCUCCACUGUGGUACGAUAGGGAUCUUAUGGUGUUUCGUGGGGGGAUUAAAAAAUGUCUUGUAAGUGUACCAAAAGAGUUUGAUGGAGAAUCAAAGUGCUUCUCCAUUGUACAGAGCGACAUUGCGUCUUGGAGCUCUCAUUGAGUGCAUUGUUGUUCAUCUGAAACUUUUUUUGUUAUGUUUUUCUGCUUUUCAUGUUCCUGUGUUGCUGUGACUGACCACUGAUUCAAUGCACCUGGAAGGGGAAUGGUCAUAUAGCUGCCUUUAAGACUGACUGAAACUAUUCCUCUCUGUAACUUCUCUUGGUAUUGACAGGCUGUGCAGUUUUCACAAAGUAAAUGUUUUGUCUAUACAUGUAGUUUUUUUUUUUGUUUGUUUGUGUUUAAAUAUGCAUGUCUGUACAUUUUAUAUGGAAUAAUGCAAUUUGGGGUGAACAUCCUCAGGGUUUGUCUUUUGUAUAAAUAAACUGACCAUUUUCAAAUGUCUCAUGCUGUUAUAUAGAUGUCAAUAGCCAAUACUGCAGCUUUGACAGUGACACGUCUCUUAACAGUUGAUUGCAUAUUCAUAUAAGACCAGAUUUUAUGUUAGUAUUUCGAGAUGCUCUAUGACAUUAGUUCCUAUGGAGCUUUUUCCAAUCUUUUUAUUGAAAGACCACACUCUUGAAUAGAGAUAAAGAAAAUGCUAAUUAGGUUCAAUGAUUUGUAACUAAAAUGUUAUACUUAAACUACACUAAUACUACAACAGAUUGUACAAGAGAUUUAAUAUAAAACCAAAUUUAAUAUGAUUUAUUGUUAAUGGUUAAAUAGCUUAAGAACUGCCGUUAUAUGUCAAUGAGAUCAUGAAUAAAAAAGAACACCUACAGAAGACCAUUCUGGGAAAAAUAUUGAUUAUCUAUUCAGAAUGAAUGGAUUUCCCACAGUUGUACACACUCUUUGCCAGUUUUCGAGCACAAAAGUUAUUUAUUUUGAUUUAUUUUGAUUAAUUUUCCACCACUUUCUCUUCCUAGAAAUCUCAAAUGCUUAUCUUCAUUUAAUUUGAUGGCCUAAGGGCAAACCCUAUACUAAAUGGAAAGAUAGACAACCAAAUGUUUUGAUAUUUUGAAUCACUUAUAUUAACAACAUAAACAAACAGAUAAGAAAAUUGUUUUUCUCCUGUCUUCGUUCAUUUCAAAUGGAUUUCUAACACUUCAUUUACUUCAAUAAAAUGUAAAGCUCUAUAGGCAAUGUCUGCUUUGAUGGUUUGUGUCUUUUUA